AUGGGCAACAUGCGAAUGAAAGCACUGCGGCAAGACUUUCGCCUGGGGUGCCCAAGGGUUCCAUCCGCACGUCAACAACGGCGAUGGCCCGGGCUCCCGAAGGGUUUGGGAUUGCUGCCCGCAGGGCACAUAUCACACCAGUAUGUGUCGGAAGAGGACGAAGAGCCGAUCGAGGUCAGACCCAGCAAGCGCCCUGCGUUGUCGUCGAUGACGCGCACUUCGUUCAAUGCACCUCGUUGGUGUGACUCCAUGAAUGAAGAUGAUCAAAAUGAAGCCGACGAGGUGCUGACGCGCGCGACGUAUCUCUCAGCGGCAUCACUCAUGCUUUUCAAUGGCAAUCACUGGAAGACAUGGCGGGCCAAGAUUUGCCCCUCGUACCGCUUCCCAGAACCUUAUGCCAUCGGCGGCCGACUGCUUAUCAACGAGUAA